AUGGCCGCCACUAUCUACGACGAGUCCAACAUGGCAUCGCAGAACCUCCCACCUUGCCCUGGCCCACCACCAACCCGCCCUCUUCCUCCUGUCCCAUCGAAAUAG